UUCCUUGUCAGCCUCAGCCAGUUGUCAACUAGGCUUGGCCGCUUGUUUUUCGUCCUUGUUUUUCAACAGAGCUUAAAAUCAAAACUAUGCCCGGGGUCUUUUCGCCUAAAAGCACAGUGGAUGCCGUCAACAUGAAAAUGCCUGUAGUCGGACUAGGCACAUGGCAGGCUACAGAUAAAGAAACUGAAGUUGCAAUAUCGGCUGCUAUUGAUGCAGGAUACAGACAUAUUGAUACGGCAUAUGUAUAUAUGAAUGAAGCCGGCAUUGGAAAUGCUUUAGAAAAAAUCAUGGCCAGUGGAGAAGUCAAACGGGAAGAUUUAUUUAUAGUAACCAAGCUCCCUAGUUUUGCCAAUAGACCAGAGUAUGUUGAAACAUAUUUAAAAAAAUCUCUAACAGCUUUAAAACUGAUGUAUGUUGACCUGUACCUUAUACACAGUCCUGUAGGGUUUGUUCAUACUGACAAUAUUGGUUCAUUAGCCAAUUAUACACUUGACUAUGAUACUGACCUUUUAAAACUGUGGAAAGCAAUGGAGAAGCAAGUGGAUGCUGGAAGAGCCAAAGCCAUCGGAGUUUCAAAUUUCAAUUUAAAACAGGUACAACGAAUCGUUGAAAACUGUAGAAUCAAACCAGCAAAUAACCAGGUCGAAUUGCACAUCUAUCUACAACAAAAGGAACUUGUACAAUAUUGUAAAAAAAAUGGAGUCACUGUUUGUGCCUAUGCACCUCUCGGUUCUCCAUCUCUUUCCAGUUUUACUAAACAAAUUGGUCUUUCAACUGAAGGAAUGGAUGUUUUAAAACCUAUGGAGGACCCUGUCGUAUGCGAGAUUGCAAAAAAGCAUGGAAAAUCUCCUUCACAAGUAUUGCUACGUUUCAUGGUGGAAUCAGGCGUUGCCGUCAUCCCAAAGAGUACAAAUCCUGAAAGGAUAAAACAAAACUUUGAAAUUUUCGACUUUGAACUUACCAGUGAUGAACAUCAACGAUUAGUCGAGUUAGAUAAAGGACCUGCUGGGAGAAUGUUUAACAAAGGCUUCUUCGCUACAUUAAAAAGUCAUCCUGAAUAUCCUUUUGAAAAUUAAAAAAAAUGAAUAAAAAUAUUAUUUUCUUUAAUAAAUACAUAUUUUAAAUUGUAAU